AUGAGCAGUAGUGGAGGUAUAUUGGCUGAUCGUAACCGACUUUCAUCACAGUCAUCAACAUCAUCAGCUUGUCGUAAUUCGCUAAUUCCUCCGGAAAACGUUAUCAACGAGUCGGAAUUUCCAUCCUUGGGGGUUCGCUCCUCACCAUCCUCAACGUCCUCUACAUUUAAUUCAUUGCCGACCACCAGUAAUUACUCCUCACCAUCUGUACCACAAAACCAUCUUUAUUCAAAAGACGUCUACAAUGCUCUACAGCGAGCCCCUUAUGCGAAUUUGAUGCGAACAAGUGAUGGGAAUUCGUUAUCGACACAGAACGUCGAGUUCCGUAUCCAGAAUGAGGACUUUCCUGCUUUGCCUGGUGCCAAUCAUCUGGAAAAUAGGCAGACCCAUGCAAGAACUACAAAUAACGUCGAUGCACUUGCCUCAGAAACAAGGUAUGCCGAGAGGUCGAACACUGAACCGAAGACAGGUAUCCAGACAUUUCCGGACGGUACGGUAAAGAAUAUCCCAGCAGGCAUGUUGAGCGACCAAUUUGGUAUGGCCGGAUUGUUGACGUUUUUGCGCGCAAUUGAAACCGAUCCUGCUAUUGUUGCACUUGCUCUUGGUCAUGAUUUGACAACUCUGGGACUGAAUCUGAAUUCCACCGAGCGAAACAUUUAUGCAACCUUUGGAGGACCAUGGGCGGAUUAUCCAUGUCGGAUACAGGAUCUAGAAGCGAAGGUGCCAGAUGAAUAUUUAACGAAUGCUUCGAUUCGAGAUAAGCUGCCGAAUAUCAAAUUGAGCAAGCUAUCAGAGGAUGUGCUGUUCUACCUCUUUUAUAAUUGUCCAGGCGAGGUUUAUCAGGUCGCUGCUGCUAGUGAGCUAUACAGUAGGGAUUGGCGGUUCCAUAAAAGUCAACGUGUAUGGCUAACGCGAUCGCAAUAUGGAGGUGUCAAAGAGCAGACAUCAACUUAUGAAAAAGGGUCUUACAAUGUUUUCGACCCUGUACAGUGGCGAAAAAUACCGAGAGAUAUGACGUUGGAGUAUAAAGAGCUUGAAGAACGGCCGAAAUUGCCUCAGUCUUUGCAACAGUCGGGUCAGCCACAAGUUGCGCAAUCGUCCUCUACAACCGCAUCGCAAAAUGGUUCAUAG